GCCCAUAAUAUGUGUGAUCCUUUGACAUUGUGUUCAGUCAUCGCUCUUAGCAGUUUGCAGCGGGUUUAUACGCCCAGCCAAUGAUGAGUAUCAGUAGAAUACUUGUCCUCUCCAACUAUUUUCAGAUCCGAAAGCAGCUGCUGCGCUGUAUAAGGCCAAAAUAUGUUUGUUGUUUUCCACAGCAGAGAUCAAUUAAAACUUAUUCAAGAAAUCUCGCGUAUGUCAAAGACUUGUUCCUCGGUCAAGUUAACGAGGCUGAAGUAUUUCCCUUUCCAGAAAUUGGAAUAGAAGAAUUGGAGGAGAUCAACCAGCUUGUGGCUCCCGUGGAAAAAUUCUUCAAUGAGGAAGUUGACUCAACAAAGAUAGACCAAGAAGCCAGAAUCCCCACAGAAACGUUGAAUGGCUUGAAAGAGCUUGGACUGUUUGGAAUCCAGAUUCCUGAGCAAUAUGGAGGUCUUGGCUUAUCCAAUACCAUGUAUGCACGAUUAGCAGAAAUUAUCUCAUUGGAUGGCUCGAUUGCAGUGACACUCGCUGCACAUCAAGCAAUUGGACUGAAGGGUAUACUUAUUGCGGGGAAUGAAUCCCAGAAGAAGAAGUAUCUGCCUAAAUUAGCCUCAGGGGAACACAUUGCAGCUUUUUGUUUGACGGAGCCUGGAAGUGGAAGUGAUGCAGCCUCCAUUCAGAUGCGAGCAACAUUGUCAAAUGAUGGAAAACAAUACCUUCUCAGUGGAUCCAAGAUUUGGAUUUCAAACGGUGGAAUGGCUGACAUCAUGACUGUCUUUGCAAAGACCGAGGUAGUUUCAAAUGGCAUAAAGAAAGACAAGAUUUCUGCAUUUAUUGUUGAGAGAGCUUUUGGAGGCAUUGUUAGUGGAAAACCUGAGGACAAACUUGGCAUCAGGGGCUCGAACACUUGUGAAGUGUCAUUUGACAAUGUUCCUGUGCCACUGGAAAAUGUUCUUGGAGAAAUAGGGGACGGAUUCAAGAUCGCCAUGAAUAUACUCAACUCUGGAAGAUUCAGCAUGGGAAGUUCUUCAGCCGGAAUGAUCAAAAAAUUGAUUGAAUUGACCUCUGAAUAUGCUGCAACAAGGAAGCAGUUUAACAAACGCUUAAGUGAAUUUGGUAUGAUACAGGAGAAAUUUGCAGUCAUGGCCCUCAAUGCCUUUGUGAUGGAGAGCAUGGCAUACCUGACAUCAGGAAUGAUGGACAGACCCGGGCUACCAGAUUGUUCUUUAGAGGCUGCUGUGGUCAAGGUGUUCAGCUCAGAGGGAGGCUGGAUUUGUGUCAGCGAAGCUCUUCAGGUUCUUGGAGGUCUGGGUUAUACAAAGAACUACCCAUAUGAGCGUUACGUCAGAGACUGUCGUAUCCUUCCCAUCUUUGAGGGUACCAAUGAAAUUCUGAGAAUGUACAUCGCACUUACUGGAAUGCAGUAUGCUGGCAAAAUCCUCACAAGUAAAAUCAAAGAGAUGAAGAAAGGAAAUAUCGGUCUGGCUUUGGGAAUGAUUGGUAAAAAGUUGAGAAACUCACUUGGAAGUGUCCCAGACUCUGUCCUCUCGGGAAAGAAUGAAGUGGUUCAUCCAAGUUUAGCUGAAAGUGCACAGAAGUUUGAACAGAAUGUUCAUCUUUUUGGAUCAACUGUGGAGAGCCUGUUGUACAGAUAUGGAAAGACAAUUAUGGAUGAACAACUCAUUCUGAAGAAAGUAGCAGAUGUGCUUAUCAACCUGUAUGCCAUGACCGCUGUCCUGUCUAGAAGUAGUCGUUCCAUCAGACUCGGCCUUAGGAAUCAUGACCAUGAGGUGCUGCUCGCAAACACCUUCUGCAAUGACGCUUACUUCAAGAACAAUUAUUGGAUGACUCAGCUACAAAAAAACUCUCCUGAGAACAAUGAUGCCAGCAUUAAGAAGAUUGCCAAGGAUGUCUUGGAGAAUAGAGCAUACAUCUGCUCUCAUCCUCUUGAGAGCACCUAUUGAGCUCUCCCAUGUGACUCCAAUACCAUUUGAUGAUGUUUCAAUGAGUGCAAAAUUGGUCCAUCUUUUUACAGUGGAAAAAGAUAGACUGCCAUAAUUGUUUGUUUUAUUUUUCAAGGAACCAAUAUCACCUUUCAGAGCUUGUAAAUUUAAAGCUGCAUUGCUCAUUUUUAGUUCUGAAAAAAUAAAGAAAAGUUCACCCAAGCCACUACAAGAGGAGAUGACACUUGAGAGUUCAGUUCGAUUAAAUGGAUUCUGAUUUUGAAUUGACUCCACCCAACAAGAUGUUGAACUGAAUGUGAGGUAUUAUCAGUGAAUUCAAUGCAAUUCAGAAAAAAUCAUUCUCAUCACAUAGCUCCAAAACGACCUGUUCAAAAUGUUUGGUCAGCCAUUUUAAAGACUUAGAUAAAGAAAGGUAUUCUGGGAAAUGCAGUGCUCUUCUUCCAUCAUAUCAAACUUUUUUUUUUCAAUUUUAAUGAUCUGUUUUAUCUGAGUGGACUUUAAUGGUUAAUUAAAAAUACUACUACACUU